UUUUAGUUCUUUGUUUACUUUUCUAUGUAAAUCAUUGAUAUCUAAAAAUACCUUCCCCUUUUUAUAGGAAUUUACAUAAUUUAUUGCAUUAUUUUUACUCGAAAACACCGGACUGCCGAAAAAUAUUGCACCUGCCUUCCGGUCAUUGGUAGUUAGAACUCAACCAGAUCUAAAGAAGAUAGUGUAUUUAAAUUAUUGGAGGUAUAUCCUACAUAAACACAAUUAUGGAACAUACCCAAAUAAGCGAUGCAGAGAAAGUACGCAUUGUUUCCGACUUCAUACUACAUGCACCACCUGGUGAAUUCAAUGAAGUUUUCAACGAUGUACGUGAAUUGUUGAAAAAUGAUGCCCUGCUUAAAGAAGGUGCUAGCCACGCCUUUGCCCAAUAUAAUAAAGAUCAAUUGACACCGGUACGCAUUGAAGGCAGUGAACACAAUGCUGUAAUAUCGGAACACAAUGAUUUAGGUAGUGGUCGUUUUUUUGAUCCUCGCACCAAACAGUCAUUUAAAUAUGAUCAUCUGCGCAAGGAGGCUAGUGAUUAUCAGGACAUGGAAGCUGAUUCUCCGGCAGAAUCAUGGAGAGCCGCUUUAGACAUCGAAACCUUGGCGUAUACGGCCAGUCACUAUAGGCAUGGUGUUUGUUCGGUGUUUGGCAAAACACAUUCUGGGCAAAUAACAUUGACGAUUUGCAUUGAAGACCAUCAGUUUCAACCGAAAAAUUAUUGGAAUGGCAGAUGGCGUUCACAAUGGAAUGUAACAUUUCAACCUGGUUCUGGUAGUGCUGAAUUGCGAGGUGUUUUAAAAGUACAAGUUCAUUACUAUGAAGACGGUAAUGUGCAAUUAGUAUCAUCUAAGGAAUGUCGCGAAUCCGUAGCUGUUACAAAUGAGCAGCAGAUGGCUAAAGAAAUUAUUCGCCUUAUAGAAGAAGCUGAAAAUGAAUAUCAAUUGGCCAUUUCUGAGAAUUACCAAACUAUGUCGGAUACAACGUUUAAGGCUAUGAGGCGUCAAUUACCCAUAACAAGAACCAAAAUUGAUUGGUCCAAAAUUGUUUCGUACAGCAUUGGUAAAGAACUUAAAACACAAUAAGAACAGCAAAUGGCGGAAGCUGAACCGCAAACUUUUCUACAAACACCAGAAGCAUCAGCAGCAAUAACAACAAUGUCAUCAACAUCAAUAGUUCUAUUAAAAAGGCCAACUAGUCUUCCUCUGGGAAACUAAAGAUACAUUAAACAAAGAGAAGAUCGAACAACAACUAGCAUCUAUCUCUCAGAUGAACAGCAAAUCGUAAAUCACAAUAUAAACAACGAUAUUAUCAUUGUUUCAAUGGUUCCUCUUGUUAUACAAAAAUAUAUAGGAACUCUAUAUACAUAAAUAUACACCUGCAUAUAUUUAUAUAUAUAUGUAUAUGAUGUUAUCGUUUCUACAUCAAGUUCAAUCAAUCCUACAUAAGUCCUUUCAAUGCCAUCUACUACUAUACCCCACAUGACACUGGAUAAAUACAUUGCGCCUUCUGUUCUCUUUUUCGUUUAAAGCCUGUUGAAAACAAACCCAAAAUCUGGAUCAUUUUUUAUAUAUAUAUAUAACGUUAAGUGAUGCCUACAAAGAAAAAAAUCAUGUUUUUAAAAAGAAAAUAAAUAAUCAGUAUGAACAUUUUUUAUAAUCAUCAUAUUUUUUCUUUUAAACAUAACGCCUCGUUUUCAGAUAGCUCCCUGAAUGCUAAACACUCGCUAUUGAGAACUGCCGUUACACCCCAUAGAAACUUAAUGGCAACUGUUGUCACUAGUUGACUAGACACCCAAAGGGGAACUACUUGAAAACGGGGGGUUAAUAGUAUACAAUUUUACAAAAUAUUCAGAUUAGACAUGUUAAGAUUAUAUAACAAAUAAUAAAAGAAUAGAAGCUUUCAUCAACAACCAUACACAUAUAUUUAUAUAUUUUUUUUUUGUUUUAAUGUUUCAUAAUUAUUACUAUUUUUAUAUACUUUUUUUGCAUAAUUUUUUUUUAUUCAAAAAAACCAAAAAAAAACGAAAACUUUUAUAUUUUCAUUUAUAUACAAUAUUUAUAUACCUACUAUAUCUUUGUAAUUGUGUGCAUAAAAAUGGUCCGUUAAUUUUGUUUAUGGAAAAACUAUUGAAAAAUAACCCUUAAGAAAGAAAAUGAAACAAAUAAUAAUAAAAAUAUGCAACAAAAGUUUUUAAAACUUAAAACCUCCCCAUAUUAUAUUAAAAUCCCAUCUCUCUUCCUCUUGUCGUAAAAACCCAACCAACUAAUUCUCUUGUCCAAACAAAAAAAACCGGAAAAAAUAAAUAUGUAUCUUAAAAGCAAACAAAAACUUAAAUAAAUAACAAAAAAUCAGCAGAAAUAACUACUAAGUAAUAACAAAUUGAAAAUAAUUAUAAAAACGUUUACGAUAAUAAACGAAAAAUAAUGUUAAAACAUAAA